CGCGGCCCCCACCCCGGAGAUGCCCCUCUCCCCGCCGGUGCCGGCGCCGGGCUCGAUCGCCGACACGCCGUCGGAGGCCCCGACCUCUCCUCCGCCGCCCAUCGCCGCGUCCAGGGUGGGCCGUCGCCGCCGCUGUGGCGGCCGCCGCGGUCUUCUACUGAGAUGAGAUCUGCGCUUCAUCCUCUUCCGCGCUGAUGUGAUGUGGCCUCUGCUCGAUGUCACCGCUACUGCUUUUUAUUCAUCUUGUUUUUGGGUUUGCUCAUUCCAUUCGGUUUUAGUCUAGGGCUCGUCAGAUCUGAUCUAGCGUUUGUGUGAGAGAUAAGAGAUUGUUGAGACAGUUGCUGUGGCUUGCCAUUGUAUAAUGCUCCGUUUCUUAUUACUUUAAAUCUGCUUUUAAUUGUAGAACAAUGAAAAAUCAUGCCUUCAUCAAAAUCUGCAUGAACAGCAUUCCUCUGUUAGCACAUUCAUAUAAAUACUGUUUAUACACUGCUCUGGAUCAUGAGAUAAAAUGUGCAAAUCUGUUUUUUUUCCUAAUUUGUUUCCCCUUCUUCAAAAUUGUAGGUGUUGCUGCUUGAAUGAACUAGCUUAUCUGAAGGUUUUCAUUGUAAUAGUAUCUACUGAAGAGAUAUGCCUCUAUGUAUUUAAUUCACUGUAGCGGGCUAUGUGCACAGUUAAUUGCAUCGGUGGUGUUCCUCAAAGAUGCAAUGUAUUUGGGAUGCAAAUACAGUACUAUUGCGAUCAACAUUUUGACUAUAUUGGCUACUACAACUGCAUUCCAUAUUGGCCGUGGUUGUAAACUGCUGAUCUGAAAGAAGUACAAGCAAGGAAUCAGGGGUAUGCAGCACGACUUGGAAAGCUUCAUUUCUAAGUCCUGAAGCAUCUGUCUACAUGUAUUGUAUAGACAUGAUCUUGAGGGAUCAUUUGAAAUGAAGCUUUCCAAGUCUUGUUGCAGAUAAGAGCACGGAUAUUAACAAAAUUGUGCGCAAGGGUGUGAAGUAAUUCUUCUAAAUCACCUGUGCCUCAGAUUUUCAUAAUGAGCUAAUUUGUUACAGAAGAGCAUAUCUAAAUCUGGAUGAAUGAAGAAACCAGUUAAUGAAGCAUUAGUCAUCUAAAGAUGGUGAUGUUGAUGCAACUAUGGAAUGAUUGGGAACUACAGCUACUUGUACUACUAAGCUUCAUGCUACAGGUCUUUGUCUUCUUUUCUGGUGGCCUCCGGCGGCGCAGCACCAGCUCGGCACUUAGGCUUCUGAUUUGGUUGGCUUACUUGCUGUCCGACUUGGUUGCAGUCUAUGCUCUUGGCUUGCUAUCACGACAUGAAAGUGAUGCACACAAGCUUACGUUUUUCUGGGCGCCUUUCCUGCUCAUUCAUCUCGGUGGGCAAGACACCAUCACAGUUUUCUCCAUUGAGGACAAUGAGUUGUGGCUGAGACACCUUCUCAAUCUACUGACCCAGGUUGGCCUAGCGAUAUAUGUAUUCUGGAAGUCAGCAGCACGGAACCAGCUUCUUAUCCCAGCCAUACUUGUCUUUGUAGCUGGAAUCAUCAAGUAUGGGGAGAGGACAUGGGCUCUGAAGUGUGCAAGUCAAAAGGCCCUUAGGGAUUCUACUGAUGCGGAAGCAGCAGCGGGUCAAUUUCCUGAACUGGAAGGUGAGCUGAAGUUGGACUAUCUGACAAUUGUGAAGUAUGCUCUUUCUAGUGCACCCGGUGUCACAAAUCUAUUUGUUGGGCGCAAGAUUGCUAAAAUGAAAGAUAACGUACGGGAAACGUUUACUGCUGGUAAUGUUUUCCAAGUACCAGCAGAAGGGCGACUCAUAUUCAAGAUUCUGGAGAUUGAGCUGGGGUUGAUGUAUGAAAAACUUUACACCAAGGCAAGGGUGGUCCGAACAUGGCUUGGGGCCAUACUCCGAUGCGUCAGUCACAUCUCACUGGUAGUUGCUUUUGUGCUCUUCCUUGUGGGUAGCAAGCAAAUAUAUCACAGUGAAGUUGAUGUUUCUAUAACCUAUGCACUGUUUGUUGGAGCAUUUUGCACUGAAGUUUGCACAUUCUUCUUUAUGGUGAUGAUGUCUCCAUUUUCAUGGGCAUUCUUGGAAUAUUGGAAGUGCCAGCGCCUUGCCCGUGUAGCUUGGUGUAUUUUUAAGAAUCUACAGCCAGAGUUGAGGCCAUGGUGGUCAAAUUCCAUGGGACAAUUCAACUUUCUGAAUUCCUGCUUCUCUGAGUCGAUGAUUGGGAAAAUGAUGAAUCUGGUUGGAGCUAAGGAGCUCUGGCACAACUUCCGGCACACCAAGAAUGUGCAGAUCAAAGCGGAGAUAAAGGAUGUUAUCUUUGAAACUAAGCAUCAUCCUGGGAUGCUUAGUGGUGGUACAAGCCCAUCACCAGGUCUUGGUCCAGCGUUAGAUGCAAUACUACAGAAACCCUUUGAGGAGGCCAUCCUAUUCCUACACGUCUACACAGACAUAUUUCUGCAUCGCUACAAGAAUCCCGGAAGUGCUAGUUGCCACAUUUCAGACAAGACACGGCACCUGAUGGAUACAUGCAGGAUAAUUUCUGAAUACAUGGUUUACCUGUUGGUUCUGCACCCUACCAUGCUCAACGUCAGCAGCAAUGUACGUGAUAUCCUGGAGGAAGCUUCAGAGAGCGUGACCAAAGCUAGUGCUACUGAUUGGAGCAAGGAGCAAUUUCUGGAUAAACUAGCUACGGACCAAUACCUCUAUGCACCAAGUAGCUCGGUUUUGCUUGCUGGCUUUGUGUUUCAAGGAGAGAGUCCUUGUCAUGAAUCAUUGGAAUUUCUUGCAUAUGCGUGGGCAAUGAUUCUCCUUUAUGCCGCUGGCAAAUCCCGCGGAGAGGUUCAUGCGAAGCAGCUAAGCAUGGGAGGAGAGUUCCUCACCUUCGUCUGGUUAUACAUGGCGCAUUGUUCACUUGGAGAUAUGGGCUCUGUUGAGAUUGAGCUUGUUAGACCAACUGGGAUAAAUGAGGAAGGAGGUGGUCGUAAGGCUUUUAUCUGGGACAAUCAGCGUCCUCGGUGAAGAAAACCCUCUCAAUAUUGCCUUACGCAGAUGAGGAAGGAGGUGGUCGUAUGACUUUUAUCUGGGACAAUCAGCGUCCUCAGUGAAGAAAACCCUCUAAAUGUUGCCUUACGCAGAUGCAUGAUUGCCUUUCUUCGGUCCAUGAUGUAUCCAUUGCUUAGCUAUUAAUUUCCCCUCCAUGAUGUGUGAUUCUAGCAGACCUUCAUCCCUUUUUUGUGUGUACUAAUUUCUUCAUUCCUAACUCCAAUAAAAGGGUGGAUCCCUUGCAUGAUUGGAAGGCUAGUUCCGCUGCAAUGUACGAAUUUUGUAUUCAUAUCAUUGUGGAAUUGUU